AUGGGUCUAAUGCUGAUGCUACUGCAACAGCCCAUGCCAAUGGUGAGAAAGCUAGAGAUGCUUCGAACUGUACAUUUUGACCAUGAAAUACUUCGCUCUAAAGCCUGUUUAGAUUCAGUCCAGAAUCUAUUGGAGGAAGAAGGGUUCUCAGAAGAACUGUUUGAUAGGGAACUGCAGGCUCGCAAAGAGUAUGACACGGCUAUUGAUCUCCAAGAGAAGCUAUGGAGUGAAAAAUCAAGAGAUAAAUGGCUGAAAUAUGGGGACAGAUGCACCAAGUAUUUCCAUACUGCUACACGAUCUCGACGCAUCCGUAAUGCCAUUCGGGAGAUUAUAACAGAGGACGGAUCGGUUUUGAAGGAUGCAAAUGCGAUUGGAGACCACAUGGUGGCCCACUUUGAAAGCUUUUUCAAAGGAGGGGCGUCAAUCAGAGAUGAGGAGCUGUUGGCUGUAAUACCUUCUGUAGUUUCAAACAUGGAUAAUGAUAUGCUAACCUCGAUCCCAUCACAGGAAGAGAUUAAAGCGGCUGUGUUUGAUUUAGAUCCGAGCAGUGCUCCAGGCCCUGAUGGAUUCUCUGACACUUUCUUCAGGGUUUGCUGGGAGAUUAUUGGCGUGGAGGUGUGUAGAGGUAUCCAGAACUUCUUCAAGGAUGGAAUUAUUACAAAAGGUGUCAACUGUAAUUUUAUGUGCCUGAUUCCAAAGGUUGAAGGCGCUAAUAGAGUGGGCCAGUUUCGGCCUCUAUGUUUGGGGAAUUUUUUCUUGAAAAUUAUUCCAAAAAUAAUGGCUACGAGACUGUCUUCUUUAUUGCACAAGUUGAUAUCACCUGAACAAGGAGCAUUCCAGAGGGGAAAAGUUAUUUUUGAGAAUAUUGGGGUUGCUUCGGAGCUAGCCAAUAUGGUGGAGAUAAAGUGCAGGGGUGGCGGCAUGGGUAUGAAGUUGGAUGUACAAAAAGCAUUUGACACUCUUGAGUGGGGCUUUCUAUUCGAUGUACUUGGUGUCUUUGCUAUCUCUCAGCGAUGGAUUCACUGGCUGCACCAAAUCCUCCUCUCUACUAGAAUUUCAGUGUUGAUUAAUGGAGGGCCGGCUAGUUUCUUUGGUAUGGAAAGGGGAUUGAGGCAAGGCGACCCGCUGUCCCCUCUUCUAUUUAUUUUAUCUGAGGAAAUUUUGUGCAGAGGCCUUAAUGCGCUUCGCGAAAGAGGAUGUCUUAAGCCAUUGACAGGACCUAGACAGGUAUCCACUCCAUCUCAUCUCCUUUAUGCUGAUGACCUCUUCAUAUUUAUGAAGGCAGAAAUAGCAAAUGUGAGGCGUGUGAAACAAUUUAUGGAGGCGUACAGGAGGUACUCGGGUCAAGUGAUCAACCUAGCAAAAAGUAAAGUGUUCCUGGGGAGUAUCUCUAGCACUAGAAAGUGGCGCUUGGAGACGACAUUGCAGAUUCCAGUUUGCACUUUCCCUACAAAAUAUUUGGGAGUAAUCUUGAAGAAGGGCAGAGUUAAGAGUGACAUGUUCCUACCACUUCUGGACCAGUUCAAGCAACGACUGGCAGCUUGGAAGGGACGCUUACUUUCCUUAGCAGGACGCAUUGAGCUAGUUCGGUCAGUGAUGUGCAGCAUUCCAGUACAUAAUUUCUCUGUUUAUUUAUGGCCUGCUGAUGCAAUUUUAAAGAUGGAAAGAUGGAUCGGAAAUUUCAUAUGGACUGGAGAAGCUGAUUGCUCCAAGGUGAUCACGGUGAAGUGGGACAAUCUAUGUAAACCCAAACGGGAGGGGGGUGUGGGUAUCCGUCGGCUACGGGAACUCAACUUGGCGCUGAUAGCUAAGCUGGCUUGGACGAUUAGAACUGAUAAAUCGACUUUUGCUAGCUUCCUGAGGGGGAGGUUUGUGAAGAAAGAUGGAUCGCUUAAAAAUUCAGUAGGGUCUUCCACACUACUGCCAGGUCUUCAAAAAGUUUGGAGUUUUGUCCAAUCGGCUGAGCGGUGGGUUGUAGGCAAUGGCGACUCCAUUAGCUUUUGGUAUGAUAAAUGGAUCAAUAACCAAAGCAUUGAGGACCUGCUACACCCGAAUCAGAUCCCUAGCUCACUUUGUGCUAAAGUUGCAGCUUUUAUGGAGGAGGGGCGAUGGACGCUGCCAACAACAAUGGAUGCUGCCCUCCAAAAUGUUUUCAAUAUAAUCCAAGGCCUGAAUAUCAAGCAGUCAGAUAGGGAGGACUGUCGCUAUUGGGCCCACUCAAAAUCUGGAAUAUUUUCGGUAAAGACGGCUUGGGAUGAGUUGAGAGUGAAAAAGGCAAAACCUGCAUGGCAUUGGGCUGUUUGGAAUAGGGAUCUUCACCCUCGUUCUUCAGUAUUUGGCUGGCGAUUGGCACACGGUGCGUUGCCAACAGACAACAAAAUAUGUAGUAGGAUGAUCCCUAUGGUGUCCAGGUGUGAACUGUGCUUAUCGGCCGACGAGUCAGAGCAACACCUAUUUAUUGAUUGUGUAUUUUCUGGACAGAUUUGGAGUGAAGUACUAUGGCUCUUCAAUGAGACUUGGACUGGGUUCCCCUCCAUUGAGCUGCUAUUCUCCUGGUGGCGCAGAAAGUUUAGAAUAGUCCCCCUCCCUAAGGCGUGGGAAGCCAUGCUCAUUAUUAUAUGCCAGCAAUUAUGGAUGGAGCGCAAUAGGCGCCGCUUCGACAACAUCAGAAGACCUUCAUCGCAAGUGACCAAACUAUGCUUUAGAGAGGUGAUGAACUGCUACAGGGUGCAGCGGGUGCAAAUAAAGUCUAUCCAGGACCUGGUCAUUGCAAGGACGCUACAAUGUGUAAUUUCAAAUCCCCCGACAAAGAAGAUCAUUGAGGUAAGGUGGAGACAUCCCCCGGCUGGCUGGCUGAAACUCAACAUUGAUGGGUCGUCACUGGGCAACCCAGGACCGUUGGGGGCAGGGGGAAUUAUUAGGGAUCAGCAUGGUAAUGUUAUAAUUUGCUUUGCAGACUAUCAGGGAGUGGGGUCCAACUACAUGGCUGAGUUGGGAGCUCUACUAAUGGGAGUUAAGAAGGCGCAACAGAUGAAUAUUGAGAACUUAUGGGUUGAGAGCGACUCGAAGGCGGUGGUUUCAGCAAUUCUCUCUAGAUCAAUUCCAUGGAGCUUCAUGCAAGCUUGGUGGUCUAUUUCAUCCUACCUUGAUAUAAUCCAGUGGCGAAUAACUCACUAUUUUCACGAAGCAAACUCGACUGCAGAUGCCCUUGCAAAUCAUGCGGCCAGAGAAAGGACUACUACCUUUUGGAGUACCACACCAACCUUUGUUGCACAGGUCUGGUACGCCCCACAUCUUCCUCUUGUCUUGCGAGGUCUCACAUGUACUUUUUCUGAAGGGAUCAAGAUUGGUAUCGUUGGACGAAUGGGAAGUGGUAAAUCAACUCUCGUACAAGCUCUCUUCCACAUGCUUGAGCCUACAACCGGUCAGAUUUGGAUGGAUGAUAUCAACAUUUUCAAGAUUGACAUUCAUAACUUGCGGUCAAGAUUGAGCAUCAUCCCGCAAGACCCAACAAUGUUUGAGGGGACUCUAAGAAGCAAUCUUGACCCACUUGGAGAUUACACUGAUGAACAAAUCUGGGAGGUGGGGUUUUCUUUUUUUCAUUCGAUGAAUACUUUUUAA